AUGGCACAUGCAUCGAGUAAUUCCUGGCUCAUUUACAAUGUCAAAAAAGUAGUUGUUCCAUUAAUUUCUAUACUGGUCUUCGUGGAAGAUAUAUUCGUGUUAUUACUUUGUCAGUUGUAUAUCACACAUUUUAUACCAAAGGACACACCAAGGUUUCAAAAUGCAUUGGAUCAAACUAAAAAAGCAUUCAUUUGUAUCUUGAUUACUAUAUGGCAUGUAGUAGCUCCAUCCAAAGUUAGGAUAACUACAGAUAACAAAACCAUUCCAAAAGGGACUUUUUUCAUCGAUUUGAAGAAGAAUAAAUUCUCUUCAAAUAUUAAACCAAAUUCAGUGACUAUCGCAAAUCAUCAAAUUUACACUGAUUGGGUCUUCCUUUGGUGGUUGGCAUAUACUUCAAAUCUGGCAGGUAGGGUCUAUAUCAUGCUAAAAAAGUCCCUACAAAGCAUUCCAGUUUUGGGUUAUGGUAUGACAAACUUUAAAUUCAUCUUUAUGAAUAGAAAAUGGGCUGCUGAUCGUGUGCAUUUGAUCAACAGCUUGAGAGAAUUAGAUGCAGAUGCAAGAGGAACUGGUUCUUUGACUGGAUCAAGACCUGUCAGCGUCGAUGAUAAUGGUUUGAUCAACUGGAAUACUACGAUCCAACCAAGUGCUGAAAUAAAGCAAUCGAAAAAAGGUACAUCAUGCUGGCCAUACAAUUUAAUUUUGUUCCCAGAAGGUACUAAUCAUACUGCUAAUACCUUGAGUAAAAGUAUUAUUUUCGCCGAAAAAGCUAAUAGAAAACCUCUGAAAAAUGUCCUGUUACCACAUUCUACUGGUUUGAGAUUCUGUUUGAGAAAUUUGAAACCAAGUUUGGAUAUCCUUUAUGACGUUACAAUUGCAUAUUCUGGAAUUGACAAAGAGACAAAAUUUGCUGCUGAUGCAUAUGGCUUAGGUAGCAUCUUUUUAGAAGGUAAAUACCCCUCCAUCGUAGAUAUCUAUAUCAGAGCUUUUGAAAUAGAGAACAUUCCUAUCGAUGAUGAGGAUCAGUUCGUUGAUUGGAUCUACAAUGUAUGGAAAGAAAAGGAUGAGUUGCUGGAAAAUUAUCAUAAGAAUGGCAACUCCUUCGGUUUGGAUCCAGAGUUGAAUUACAGUACGAUGGAUGGUUUUAGUGUGUCUAAUUGGGAAUUCUUUUUAGUUCUAGCGUUCCCACUUGCUUCCACACUCUUUUUAUUGAAAUAUAUUUUGUCCCUCUUAUUUUAG